AGACGUGACAUUUUUGUUUAUUUUAAUGAAUAAAUGUGCGUUUGUUAUGGGAGAAGUCAAUUCAAGAUUAAUAACACCACAUUGAUUUCGUACCAUAUCAAGGUCCUUUUCAAUGUCUUCCUCAAACUCAUUACUAGCCUCGCUAAUAUAUAAGUAAAACAUAUAUCUAUAUCCAUACUUGUCGUGCAUCUGUGAGAUCUGCUUAUUUUCUAAGUCCACCGAAUAGUCCAAAAGCAGUGAUUGAAGAGUGUAAAAAGUUGGAAGAGAACAACCCCAAAAUCAUGGAAAUUGUAGGGAAGUUGCAGAACCAGUUUAUGGAGUUCAUGCGAUCUCUCUAUCGUGAGGGAUUCUUGGAUUAUCAGUUUCUUCAGCUUCAGAAACUGCAAGAUGAGAGCAACCCUGAUUUUGUGGUUGAAGUGGUGUCCCUUUUCUUUGAGGAUUCUGAAAAACUUCUCAACAAUCUGGCCAUGGCUCUGCAGCAGCAAGUUGUGGAUUAUAAGCAGGUUGAUGCCCAUGUUCACCAAUUCAAGGGUAGCAGUUCCAGCAUAGGUGCACAAAGAGUAAAGAAUGCUUGUGUUGCUUUCAAAAAUUUUUGUGAAGAGAAGAAUCUCGAAGGGUGUGUGCAAUGUCUGCAGCAUGCGAAACAUGAAUAUUUUCUUGUGAAGAAUAAACUUGAAACUUUGUUUAGGCUGGAGCAACAAAUCUUGGCAGCUGGUGGUACAGUUCCUGUCCUCUCUUAGGUGUUAAUAACAUGAAGGCAAGGCGAGAACAAAAAAUAAAGUAGGGGGUUUUGCUGCUGCAGAGUUUUUCAAGAUUUUUCAUGAGCUGCUUUGACUGCUAGGUUCUAAACAAUUUCAUGUGAAUAACAUAUUUUACCAUCUUUGUUGCUUCAUUUUUUUUUAUAGGCUUCUCGAUCUAUCUUGUUUUCGACUUGUCAUUUCUUUGUUUUAUAAACUCAAUAUUAAUCAUAAUUUCGUGUGCGGGGUGAUUGUUUAAAACCAUUAUUAGGCAUUUGUAGAACUUGAGAUGACAAUCUUGUAACUACUAUAAAUAAAGGAGGAUUGUGUUUGAUGCCCAAA